GUCGGUGAUUAAACUCAACAGUUUCUCCGCGGCAGCAGAGGAGCAGCUCCGUCUCUCCUCCCGCUCCUCCCGCUCCUCCCGCUCCUCCCGCUCCUCCUCCUCCUCCUCCUCCUCCUCCUCCAUGCCGGCGGAGGUCUCCGCGCGGCGGCCAUGGCGAAGAUCCGCUUGUCGUACGAGUACUCCGAGGCCGAGGACAAGAGCAUCCGGCUGGGCUUGUUCCUGAUCGCCUGCGGCAUCCUCAGCCUCUUCAUCCUGGGCUUCUGCUGGCUCAGCCCCACGCUGCAGAGCCUCCAGAGCAAGCCCGCCAACUGCACGGUGGUGUCGGUGCUCCGCCCCGAGGAGAUGUUCGAGUGCGUGUUCACGUGCGGGACGGACUGUAAGGGAACCUCCUUGUACCCCUGCCUGCAGAUCUUCGUCAACAACUCCGAGUCCAACUCUGUGGCGCUGCUGCACUUCGACGAGCAGCAGCUGGUCCUCAACCCAAAGUGCUCCUACGUCCCCCCCUGCGACAGGGACAAUCAGAAGAACAGAGACAGCGUUCUGUGGUGGGAAGAUUACUUCAGCAGCGAGGUCAGCAGCCAGUCCUUCACCUGCUUCUUCAACCAGCAAAGGAGGCCGGAUGACGUGCUGUGGCGCCGUUCCCACGACACCAGCGUCCUGCUGCACUGCAUCCUCUGGCCAAUGGUGUCGCUCCUGCUGGGCACGCUCAUCGUGCUGCUGACGGUUUGCGCUCGCUCUCUGGCUGUCAGAGCGGAGGCCCUCCAGAAGAGGAAAUGUUCCUACGAGGUGUGCCAGGAUCUGUCCCUGCUGCCGUCGGAGCGCCGGGGAAACAAGGCCAGGGACCCUCUGGCGUCGAGCUCCGACCCCGAGCUGUCGUCGCCCUCACGGACCCUGCCGCUGUUUGCGGUGCCGGUGCGGCGACGUGAUCGGGAACACUGAGCAGAAAUCCUUUUCACGCCACUGAAUCGGCGUUUAUGGACUCGGGGUGCAGCGGACGCCUUAAGAAAGCCUCUUUUGUUUGAGAGAGCGUGGUACGCAACAUGCAACAGUGAAGAGGAGGGCAGUACCCUCUGUUACCUCUAGGGGGCAGCACAGAGGCUGUGGAGGAACUUUAGCCUUUAUUAUUGAGACUCUUCAAGGAUUUAGAGCUCAGUGUGUGAGUUAACGAGGUUAACGAGGUUAACGAGGUUAACGAGGUCAUUGUUAAAGCCCAGUUUGCUUCCAGUAGCAGUUUGAACUUUUGUUUACAGUUAGCAUAAUAUCCAGCAGUUUAAAUCGAUUCUGCCGCUCAGAAAUCACUUCUUAAAUCAA